GAAAAAUAAAAAACAAUGGGAGAUGCACAAAUGGAAGAGUUUGGGGCUGCCGCCCCGUACCUGCGGAAAUCAGACAAGGAACGUCUGGAGGCACAGACUCGCCCAUUUGACAUAAAGAAGGAGUGUUUCGUAGCGGACCCUGAAGUGGAGUAUGUCAAGGGGUCCGUCAUCAGCCGAGAUGGAGACAAAGUCACGGUCGAAACUGAGUUUGGGAAGACCGUUACUGCGAAAGAAGCAGACGUCCACCCCCAGAACCCGCCAAAGUUUGAUAAAAUUGAAGACAUGGCGAUGUUCACCUUCCUUCAUGAACCCGCUGUGCUGUUUAACCUCAAAGAGCGUUACGCAGCCUGGAUGAUCUAUACCUACUCUGGGCUGUUCUGUGUCACUGUCAAUCCCUACAAGUGGCUGCCAGUCUACAACCAGGAAGUUGUCAAAGCUUACAGAGGCAAGAAGAGAAGUGAAGCUCCUCCACAUAUUUUCUCCAUCUCUGAUAAUGCCUACCAGUACAUGCUAUCAGACAGAGAAAACCAGUCUAUCCUGAUCACAGGAGAAUCUGGUGCAGGGAAGACUGUGAACACAAAGAGAGUCAUUCAGUACUUUGCCAGCAUCGCAGCUGUGCCAGGAAAGAAGGAUGCAGCUCAGGAGAAGAAGGGGACCCUAGAAGAUCAGAUCAUCCAGUGCAAUCCAGCCCUGGAGGCCUUUGGUAAUGCCAAGACCAUCAGGAAUGACAACUCCUCCAGAUUUGGCAAAUUCAUUAGAAUUCACUUUGCAGCCAGUGGAAAGUUGGCUUCUGCUGACAUUGAGACAUAUCUUCUGGAGAAGUCUCGUGUAACCUACCAGCUAAAGGCUGAGAGAGACUAUCACAUCUUCUACCAGAUCCUUUCCCAGAGAAAACCAGAGCUGCUCGAAAUGCUGCUUAUUACCAACAACCCCUAUGACUACGCCUACAUCUCCCAAGGAGAGACCACUGUAGCCUCCAUUAAUGAUGGUGAUGAACUUUGUGCCACUGAUGAAGCUUUUGAUGUGCUGGGCUUCACUCAGGAGGAGAAGAAUAGCAUUUACAAGCUAAUUGGUGCCAUCAUGCACUUUGGCAACAUGAAGUUCAAGCAGAAGCAGCGUGAGGAACAGGCAGAAGCCGAUGGUACUGAAGAUGCUGACAAGGUUGCCUAUCUGAUGGGCCUGAAUUCUGCUGAUCUUAUCAAGGGUCUGUGUCAUCCAAGGGUCAAAGUAGGCAAUGAGUGGGUCACCAAAGGGCAGAAUGUCCAGCAGGUAUAUUAUGCUAUUGGUGCUCUGGCUAAGUCAGUAUACGAGAAGAUGUUCCUCUGGAUGGUGGUGAGAAUCAACCAAUCCCUUGACACCAAGCAACCUCGCCAAUAUUUCAUUGGUGUGUUGGACAUAGCUGGCUUUGAGAUCUUUGAUUUCAACACCUUUGAGCAGCUCUGCAUCAAUUUUACUAAUGAGAAGUUGCAGCAGUUCUUCAACCACCACAUGUUUGUGCUGGAGCAGGAAGAAUACAAGAAAGAAGGGAUUGAGUGGGAGUUCAUUGACUUUGGCAUGGACCUGCAGGCCUGUAUUGACCUCAUUGAGAAGCCCAUGGGCAUCAUGUCCAUCCUUGAAGAGGAGUGCAUGUUCCCUAAGGCUAGUGAUGCUACCUUCAAAGCUAAACUGUAUGACAACCAUCUGGGAAAAUCAAACAACUUCCAGAAGCCCAGGAUUGUUAAAGGGAAACCAGAGGCCCAUUUCUCCCUGGUUCACUAUGCUGGCACUGUAGACUACAACAUCAACAACUGGCUGGUGAAGAACAAGGACCCUUUGAAUGAGACGGUUGUGGGAUUGUUUCAGAAGUCGACAAUGAAACUGCUGGCUAACUUGUUUGCCGGGUAUGCUGGUGCUGACUCAGUCCAAGAUGGCGGCAAAGGAGGAAAGGGAGGUGGAAAAAAGAAGGGCUCAUCCUUCCAGACUGUGUCUGCUCUACACAGGGAGAACUUGAAUAAGCUGAUGACCAACCUGAGAUCGACUCACCCUCACUUUGUCCGCUGCAUCAUCCCCAAUGAGACCAAGACUCCAGGAGCCAUGGAGAACCCUCUGGUCAUGCACCAGCUGCGCUGUAACGGUGUGCUGGAAGGCAUCAGGAUCUGCCGAAAGGGCUUCCCAAAUAGGAUCCUCUACGGGGAUUUCAAGCAAAGAUACCGCAUCCUCAACCCUGCUGCUAUUCCAGAAGGGCAGUUCAUUGACAGCAGGAAAGGAGCUGAAAAACUGUUGGGCUCUUUGGAUAUUGACCACAACCAGUACAAAUUUGGGCACACUAAGGUGUUCUUCAAGGCUGGAUUACUGGGUACACUGGAGGAGAUGAGAGACGAUCGUUUAGCUCUCAUCAUCACAGGAAUACAGUCCAGGGCCCGAGGCCUUCUCUCAAGAAUUGAGUUCCAGAAGAUAGUGGAACGCAGGGAUGCCUUGCUUGUGAUCCAGUGGAAUGUACGAGCCUUCAUGGGUGUAAAGAAUUGGCCCUGGAUGAAGCUGUAUUUCAAGAUCAAACCUUUGCUGAGGUCUGCUGAGGCCGAGAAAGAGAUGGCCAACAUGAAGGAGGAGUUCCUCAAACUCAAAGAAGCAUAUGCAAAAUCUGAGGCUCGCAGGAAGGAGCUUGAAGAGAAGAUGGUCUCUCUUCUCCAAGAGAAGAAUGAUUUGCAAUUGCAAGUUCAAGCUGAGCAAGAUAAUCUCUCAGAUGCUGAGGAGCGGUGUGAAGGGCUAAUCAAGAACAAGAUCCAACUGGAGGCCAAAGUCAAAGAGCUGACAGAAAGAUUGGAGGAUGAGGAGGAGAUGAAUUCAGAACUGACUGCCAAGAAGAGGAAGCUAGAGGAUGAGUGUUCUGAGUUGAAGAAGGACAUUGAUGAUCUGGAGCUCACUCUGGCUAAAGUGGAGAAGGAGAAGCAUGCUACUGAGAACAAGGUGAAGAACCUGACUGAAGAAAUGGCAGCUCUGGAUGAAAUCAUUGCUAAGCUGACCAAGGAGAAGAAGGCUCUGCAGGAGGCUCACCAGCAAACGCUGGAUGACCUCCAGAGUGAGGAGGACAAAGUGAACACCCUCACUAAAGCCAAGGCUAAACUGGAACAGCAAGUUGACGAUCUUGAGGGCUCCCUGGAACAGGAAAAGAAGGUUCGCAUGGACCUUGAGAGAGCCAAGAGGAAGCUGGAGGGUGACUUGAAAUUAACCCAGGAAAACGUAAUGGACCUGGAGAAUGACAAGCAGCAGCUCGAGGAGAGACUGAAGAAGAAAGAUUUUGAGAUUAGUCAAUUAAAUAGUAAGAUUGAAGAUGAACAGGCAAUGGGUGCUCAGCUCCAGAAGAAACUGAAGGAGCUGCAGGCCCGCAUUGAGGAACUAGAGGAAGAGCUGGAGGCUGAGAGGGCUGCUCGUGCCAAGGUGGAGAAGCAGAGGGCAGACUUGUCCAGGGAGCUGGAGGAGAUCAGUGAGAGGCUGGAGGAGGCUGGUGGAGCCACUGCAGCCCAGAUUGAGAUGAACAAGAAGAGGGAGGCAGAGUUCCAGAAACUGCGCCGAGACCUCGAAGAGGCCACACUGCAGCAUGAGGCAACUGCUGCCACUCUGAGAAAGAAGCAUGCUGACAGUGUAGCUGACCUGGGUGAGCAGAUUGACAAUCUGCAAAGGGUGAAGCAGAAGCUUGAGAAGGAGAAAAGUGAGCUCAGACUGGAGCUGGAUGAUGUGGUCUCCAACAUGGAGCAGAUUGCCAAAUCUAAGACAAAUUUGGAAAAGAUGUGUAGGACAUUAGAAGAUCAAAUGAGUGAAUAUCGAAUAAAAUUUGAGGAGGCCCAGCGGAGCGUGAAUGACUUCACCAUGCAAAGAGCCAAGCUCUUAACUGAAAAUGGGGAGCUCGCCAGACAACUGGAAGAGAAGGACUCCCUGGUCUCUCAGCUGAGCAGAGGAAAGCAGUCCUACACCCAGCAGAUUGAGGAUCUCAAAAGACAACUUGAGGAGGAAGUCAAGGCUAAGAACGCUCUGGCCCACGCGGUGCAGUCUGCUCGCCAUGACUCUGACCUGUUGAGGGAGCAGUAUGAGGAGGAACAGGAGGCCAAAGCUGAGCUGCAGCGCAGCCUCUCCAAGGCCAACUCUGAGGUGGCUCAGUGGAGAACGAAAUAUGAGACCGACGCCAUUCAGAGGACUGAGGAGCUGGAGGAUGCAAAGAAGAAACUGGCUCAACGUCUGCAGGAUGCAGAAGAGGCUGUAGAAGCUGUGAACGCCAAAUGCUCCUCCCUAGAGAAGACCAAACACAGACUGCAGAAUGAGAUUGAAGAUCUCAUGGUGGACGUGGAGAGGUCCAAUGCAGCUGCUGCUGCUCUUGACAAGAAGCAAAGAAAUUUUGAUAAGGUUCUGGCUGAGUGGAAGCAGAAAUAUGAGGAGUCCCAGAGUGAACUGGAGAGCUCCCAGAAGGAGGCCAGAUCCUUGAGUACUGAACUCUUCAAACUGAAGAACUCAUAUGAGGAGUCCUUGGACCAUCUAGAGACGAUGAAGAGGGAGAACAAAAAUCUUCAAGAGGAAAUUUCUGACCUGACUGAACAGCUUGGUGAGGGAGGAAAGAGCAUCCAUGAACUUGAGAAAAUAAGGAAGCAGCUGGAGCAGGAGAAGAGUGAGAUCCAAGCUGCUUUGGAAGAAGCAGAGGGUUCCCUAGAACAUGAGGAGGGUAAAAUCUUAAGAGCCCAGCUAGAGUUCAACCAGGUGAAGGCUGACAUUGAACGCAAACUAGCUGAAAAGGAUGAGGAGAUGGAGCAAGCCAAGAGGAACCAGCAGAGAGUGGUGGACACCCUACAGACCUCUCUGGAAGCUGAGACUCGUAGCAGGAAUGAAGCCCUCAGGCUGAAGAAGAAGAUGGAGGGAGAUCUUAAUGAGAUGGAGAUCCAGCUCAGCCAGGCUAACAGGCAGGCUGCAGAGGCUCAGAAGCAGCUCAAAGGUCUCCAUUCACAUCUUAAGGACGCCCAGUUGCAGCUGGAUGACUCUCUCCGUGCCAAUGAUGACCUAAAGGAGAACAUUGCCAUCGUGGAGAGACGUAACAAUCUGCUGCAGGCAGAGCUGGAUGAGCUGAGGUCACUGGUGGAGCAGACUGAGAGAGGACGCAAGCUGGCGGAGCAGGAACUGCUGGAUGUCAGCGAGAGGGUGCAACUGCUGCACUCACAGAAUACCAGCCUGCUCAAUCAGAAGAAGAAGCUGGAGGGUGAUAUAUCCCAGCUUCAGACUGAAGUAGAAGAAGCAGUUCAAGAGUGCAGGAAUGCAGAGGAGAAAGCCAAGAAGGCCAUCACUGACGCUGCCAUGAUGGCAGAGGAGCUGAAGAAAGAGCAGGACACCAGCGCUCAUCUAGAGCGCAUGAAGAAGAACAUGGAGCAGACCAUCAAAGAUCUGCAGCACCGCUUGGAUGAAGCUGAGCAGAUCGCCAUGAAGGGAGGCAAGAAACAGGUUCAGAAGCUGGAGGCUCGGGUGAGAGAGCUGGAGAAUGAGGUCGAAAUGGAGCAGAGAAAGGGCAGUGAUUCCGUGAAGGGAAUCCGUAAAUAUGAGCGACGUAUCAAAGAACUCACCUAUCAGACAGAAGAGGACCGUAAGAAUCUGGCCCGUCUGCAGGACCUUGUGGACAAACUGCAGCUGAAGGUCAAAUCCUACAAGAGAACCGCUGAGGAGGCUGAGGAACAAGCCAACACUAAUCUGGGCAAGUUCCGGAAGCUUCAGCAUGAGCUGGAUGAGGCUGAGGAGAGAGCCGACAUCGCGGAGUCUCAGGUCAACAAACUGCGAGCCAAAAGCCGUGAUGUUGGCUCAAAGAAAGGGCAUGAUGAGGAGUGAAGUAGUCUGCCAGGACUUCCUGAAAACCCACCUUUAUUUUGUUUGAUUUUUUCUAAGAGUGAGAUACAGUCGUGUUCAGAAUAAUAGCAGUCUGUAUAAAAAGUGAAUACAGCCCAAAGUCCUUAUAAUAGCUUUUAUUUCUAUACACGUAAAUUCAUUGGGAACACUGUACAUUCAAUUCCUAAUCAAAACAUGAAGAAAAAUGAUCAAAUUUGUGUUAAUCCUUUAGAAAAAUUUAAGAAAAAGGAAUAUCAGGCUGUUCAAAAAAAAUAGCAGUGUCUGCAUUCUUCUUUACAAACUCAAACAUUCACUGUGUAAACUGAAAAAAUGAUUUAGCUUCCCUUUGAAUCACAGAACUAAUAUUUAGUUGUAUAACCAUGGUUUCUGAGAACUGCUGCACAUCUGUCUUGCAUGGAGUUGACCAACUUCUGGUAUCUGUGAACAGGUAUUCCUGCCCAGGAUGAUCCAUAAUUUUUCAGUAUUUCUUGGUUUUGCCUUAGACACAGCAUUUUUGAUGUCACCCCACAAGUUUUCUAUUGGAUUAAGGUCCGGGGAUAGGGCUGGUCACUCCAUAACAUCAAUCUUGUUGGUCUGGAACCAAGAUGUUGGUCUUUUACAAGUGUGUUUGGGGUCGUUUUCUUGCUGAAACACCCAUUUCAAGGGCAUGUCCUCUUCGACAUACGGCACCAUGACCUCUUCAAGUAUUUUAAAUUGCUCAAAUUGAUCCAUGAUCCCUGGUAUGCGAUAAAUAGGCCCGACACCGUAGUAUGAGAAACAUCCCCAUUUCAUGAUGCUUGCGCCACCAUGCUUCACUGUCUUCACAGUGUACUGUGGCUUGAAUUCAGUGUUUGGGGAACGUUUGACAAACUGUCUGCAACCCCUAGACCCAAAAAGAACAAUCUUGCUUUCAUCAGUCCCACAAAAUGUUGUGCCAUUUCUCCUUAGGCCAGUAGAUGUGUUCUUUGGCAAAUCGUAACCUCUUCAGCAAGUGUCUUUCUUUCAGCAAUGGGACUUUGCGAGGGCUUCUUGCCAGUAGCUUGGCUUCACAUAUGCCUUUUCUAAUUGUCACAGUGUUCACAGAUAACUUUAGAUCUUCUUUGAUCUUCCUGGAGCUGAUCAUUGGCUGAGUCUUUGCCAUCUUGGCUAUUCUUCGAUCCAUUGGAUUGGUAGUUUUCCGUUUUCUUCCACGGCUUUCAGGUUUUGGUUGCCAUUUUAAAGCAUUAGAGAUCAUUUUAGCUGAACAGCCUAUCAAUUUCUCCUUUAUAUGUUUUCCCCUCUCCAAUCAACUUUUUAAUCAAAGUACGCUGCUCUUCUGAACAAUGUCUGGUACGACCCAUUUUACUAUGAUUUUCUGAGAGAAAUGCACUAUAACCAGCAUGUACAACAUUUGCUGCCUUCCUUCCUUAAAUAAGGGCUGUAAUUGACAGCUGUUUUUUCGCAGAUUGAAUUAUCUUACUAAUUAAACUUCACACUGCUAUUAAUUUGAACACGCCCCUUUCAAUUAAUGGUUCGAUUACACAGAACCAGCAGCAUGCAUGUCAUGUCUAUUGGUUUUCUAUUAUUCUACGACACCUACUAGCAAAUUAUUUGCCAUGUAGAAAAAGGUAGAAAAUGAAUUUCUACCAAAACCAGUGAUGGAUCAGGUUAGUGAUGUCGGACUGCUAUUAUUCUGAACACAACUGUACAUGUAUCUUUUCUCCAGAAACAAGGUAGGACUGACUCAGAGUUCUUCAUCAUGUUGUCCAUGCAGACACAGAUGGAAAUGCAACAUGCAUAUCUUAGGGUUCAGCGGUCUUGUUGCGUAGUCUCUGUGAGUGUAAUUGUUCAGUGACGUGGGCCAGUCACUAAGCUCACAGCCUUGCUCUGUUAUUUUCACAUACAUUCAGACAAUGAGGGAACCUCACAAUAAGCUAAAGUGUAACCUGCCUUUUACUUCGUAAAGUCAUUUGCAUAUUUUGAAACCUUUUCACUUUGGAAGAAAUUUUAUGUCAUAAAAUGAACUAACCAUGUAUUCUAAGUUCCUGCC